AAGAGCAGCCCGGUGUGUAGACUAGUUGAACGCUGCUCGAAGUUGCAAAUAGUGCGUAGAGGUGGGAAAGUGGUGGAGGGGAUGGCAGGUAUAUACCGCCAGGAAUGGUGUCCAACUGUUCAGUUGCCGGCCAGCUCCAUAACCAUCAACAAUGAAGCUUCUGGUCGUGCUCGCCGUGUUGGCGUUGGCCUCUGCCGACGACAAGCCUGUUAAGAAGACUGAGAAGCGAGGUCUGUCCGGCCUCGGCACAUACGGCGCGCUCGGAGGCCUCGGCGUGGGUUCGGCCAUUUCACUCCCGGGCCAUGGAAUCGGCCUCCCCGCACACGGCCUCAUCGGCGCCCCUGGCGUCGCCCUAGGAGGACACGGCCUCGCUCUGGGGGGACACGGCCUCGUCGGCGCCCCCGGUCUUGACCUGGGAGGACACGGCCUCGUCGGCGGCCAUGGUCUGGUCCUGGGAGGACACGGCAUCGGACACCCCAUCACCACCUCCAUCAACACGGUCAUCACCAAGCAGGUGGCUGUGCCCGUACCUCAUCCAGUGGCGGUGCCCGUCAUCAAGCACACCCCGUACGCGGUGCCCGCGCCGUACCCGGUCCCGGUGGACAAGCCGUACCCCGUGGCCGUGCCCAAGCCUUACGCCGUGCCCGUGGACAAGCCGUACGCGGUGCCCGUGGACAAGCCCUACGCCGUGCACGUGCCCCACCCCGUGCCCGUGCACGUCCCCCACCCGGUGGCGGUGCCCGUGUCGCACCCCGUGCCCGUCGCCGUCCCCAAGCCCGUCCCCGUGCCCUACCACGUGCCCUACGUCGCCAAGGAGGUCCACGUCCCGUACGUGGCCAAGACCGUCGUGCCGGUGUCCUCGCACGUCGCCGUCGGCCACGACAUCGGCCUCGGCCUCGGGGCGCACGGCAGCUACGGCAGCUACGGCAGCUACGGCGGCUACAGCAGCGGUGGCUACGCCAGCUACGGCCACUGAAGAGCUGUGCCGAAAACUCUGGGUCUCCUACUCUCUCAUCCAACUCAUCACCAUCACUCAUCACCAUUCUCAACCAAAAUAAAUCAUGCUAGUUCGUUGACCCAAACGCCCUGUUGUUUCAAUCGUGACCCAACUCAGUCUGGCACAGGUUAGUCACUUUUUACGUGAAGCAGCUUAAUCUAGCCCUCUACUUUUUUGCUGUUCGGGUUAGCAUGUCGUCCAUUUGGGAACGAGUAAUGGUCAGUGAGUGGGUCGAUCGAGUCGUAUCGAAAUGUGUCACUGACCCCUGCCCCAUGCCUCCCCUACCCGAGCCACCCACCUAUUAUCUGGUUUAUCCGAGCGAUUGAGGACAGUACCGUCACACAGAGUUCAUGUGAAGAAAAUUAGAUGUUCCUUUUUUAUGCCCUGGAUAUCCAGUUUAGAGGAACGAUUCUACAAACGUCGGAAAACAUGUUACACUGUUCCAAUUGCAGGUCGCUUGGUCGCUUCGUUAACAGUGCGACUGCCCUGUCCGAUGUAUACAGAGCACUAUACGGUGAUCUUUAAAAAAUUAUGUCAACAUUUUGUUGUUGCACUCAAACAAAUGCAAUGUUUAUUUGUAUCCUGCACCACGAGCGGGGUGUAUAAUGG